UCUUUGCAAAUUCUAGGGUUUCUCUUUUCCGGCGAUUAAGACCUUCCUUUUCCGAUGUCGGCGUCGAGGAUUAUCACGUUGAAGAGUUCCGAUGGGCAGCUAUUCGAGGUGGAAGAACUAGUGGCUCUUCAAUCUCAAACGAUUAAGAAUUUAAUCGAAGAAUGCUUAAUCGAAGACGAUUGUGCCAACACUAUUAUCCCGUUACUCAACGUAACCGGCAAAAUCAUGUCUAAGGUGAUUGAGUACUGCAAGAGGCACUUGGAGGUGAUUCGGGAUGGGGAUAGAGCUGCCAUAAUAGAUCUCAAGCAUUUCGAUUCGGAUUUCGUCAAAGUAGACCUGGACACUCUGUUCGACCUCAUUCUGGCUGCAAAUUAUCUGGAUAUUAAGAACUUGUUGGAUUUUACAUGCCGAACUGUGGCUAAUAAGAUUAAGGGAAAGACACCUGAAGAGAUUCGCAGGAUUUUUAACAUAGUCAAUGAUUUUACUCCUGAGGAAGAAGAAGAAGUUCGUAGGGAGAAUGCAUGGGCAUUUGAAUGAAAGAUUUGAUUUUGGAUUGGAGAAGAAGGUGUUUUUGAAUUGAAAUGUAAUGUUGAACCUUUUCUUUUGUGUUAUCAUAAUUAUCUAUCUAUGCAUGUUUAUCAAUUAAGACUUGAAGUACUUUGAAUUAUGACUAAAUCUUUUUAU